UCCCUCUACCCCAAGCAGUUCUUACUACCAGGUGUGUCAAAGGCUGAAAUGUGGCCAUGCUUUCUGAUGGAUGGACUCUGCGCCUUGGGAUUCUGCUUAUGCUCCAAGGAAUGACGAGUGGGGAGAAGAUAGCAGAGACUGGAUCCUGCCAGCCACAGCCUUCCUGCCAUGAAUGCAUUCAAUCCCACCCUAGUUGUGCCUGGUGCAAGCAGCCGGAUUUCAUACAAGCGGGAGAGUCUGACGCAGAGCGUUGUGCCCCUCGGCCAGCGUUGGAGUAUCGUGGCUGCCUUCCCAGUGAGAUCAUGGAUCCCCAAGGCAAGCAGCAUAUUUUGGAGGACAGGCCUCUGAAAGAUAACAUCUACCACGAAAACAUCACACAACUGUCACCCCAAAGAAUAGCGCUUCAGCUUCGGCCUGGAAAGGAACAGAGUUUCACUGUCCGCUUCAAACGGGCUGAGGGUUAUCCUGUGGACCUCUACUACCUCAUGGACUUGUCCUACUCCAUGAAGGAUGACCUGGAGAAGAUCAAGCAACUGGGAAGUGACUUGAUGGCUGCCCUGCGCAAAGUUACUACCUCAGUGAAGAUUGGAUUUGGUGCCUUUGUGGACAAGACCGUGCUGCCUUAUGUGAAUAUGGUUCCUUCCAAGCAGAAACAUCCCUGCCAAAUCCCAAAGGAGAACUGCCAGCCGGCUUUCAGCUAUAGGCAUGUGCUUGCUCUGACUGAGAACGCCAGUGAGUUUGAAAGCAGGGUUGGUCAGCAGCACAUCUCAGCCAACCUGGAUGACGCAGAAGGAGGCUUUGAUGCUCUCAUGCAGGCAGCCAUUUGCAAGGAGCAGAUUGGCUGGCGUAAUGUGACAAGUCUGCUGGUUUUCACUUCAGAUGGCACUUUCCACACUGCAGGGGAUGGAAAAUUGGCAGGGAUCCAUAUGCCCAAUGAUGGCCGCUGCCACCUGGAUGCCAAUGGUGUAUACAGCAAAAGUCACCUCUAUGACUACCCUUCUCUUGGGCACUUGGCUGAAGUGUUGUCCAAAUCUAACAUUCAACCCAUAUUUGCCGUGACUAGUUCCAGGCUGUCCUUAUACAAGGAGCUGAGCAAGCUCAUUCCAAAGUCAGUGGUGGGGGAACUGAAGUCCGACUCCAGAAAUGUGGUGCAGCUCAUAGAAGAUGCCUAUAAAAGUCUUGCCUCCACAGUGAAACUGGGACAUUUCUCAGACCUUCCACCUGGGAUCUCCAUUGCUUAUGACUCCCAUUGUGGGGACACAGAAACCUAUGGGCAGACAGAGGGUGGAGAAUGCAGUGACGUGUCUGUCAACCAAUUGGUGCAAUUUACAGUGAAGGUAAUGGCAACCACCUGCCUACCUGAAUCCCAGAAGCUGGUGUUGCGAGUAUUGGGAGUGGGAGAGGAGAUCCAUGUAGAGGUGUCAACAACCUGUGACUGCCAAUGUGGAGACACCCAGCCUGAUGCACACCACUGCUCUGGUGGACAUGGCAACCUCACCUGUGGCAUUUGCAGAUGUCAUGAAGGCUAUGUUGGCCGGCGUUGUGAUUGCAGGAAAGAUGAAUUACUUGGUUCAGAAGCUCUAACCCUACCAAGUGGGUCCUUCUGCAGCUGUGACAAUGUUGCCUGUGAACGACAUAAUGGGCAACUCUGUGCAGGUAACGGGCAGUGCAGGUGUGGUCAUUGCCAAUGCCUGGCCAAUUACACUGGCAAUGCAUGUGAGUGCAGCCUGGAUACCAGUGGAUGCACCCAAGAGGGCAAGAUCUGCAAUGGGCAUGGCCACUGCAUCUGCAACCGAUGUCAGUGUGACGUUGGGUGGUUGGGCAGCCACUGUGUUGACCACCAGAUGCCCUGUGAAGUGCACAGGGACUGUGCGGAGUGCAAGGCUUUUGGAACUGGACCGCUAAGUCAGAACUGUAGCAAUUCCUGCAGCCAAACGGUGAGAAUGUUGGUGGCACCUGUGGAUGAGAGAUGGUGCCAGGUGAAGAGAGGAGAUGGACACCUCCUCAUUUACCUCAUUGAGGAGGACAAGACAGGCAGCAUCCUCCUUACGGUGAAUGAUCCAAAGGUGCCAGAUUCUACCAGACAGCCGAAUCUGAUGCCAGUGUUAAUGAGUGCGGGGAUUGUGGUGAUCAUAGGGGUGGCUCUCAUUUUCCCGCUCCGAGCCAUUGUGGAGAUCUGUGACUGGUGGAAUUUCAGACACCUUGAAAGAGAACGAAGAAAUGCCCUGUGAUCUCAGUCAUCAACCCCCAGUACAAUGGUUAUGAAAACAUUCCAAACACAACUUGACAGCACUGUGCCAGCAACUGAAGAUGAUGUAUGAAUUUGAAGGAGAGACACCUGCAUUGAGAAUUUUCUACAGCAAGUCCUAGAUGUAGUUCGACCUACAUCACCAGCUAAUCUCAAGUGGGUUUGAAACAAUGAACCAACAUGGGCAGCAAAAUCUCAAAGUGGUCAACCAAUAAAACCUUUAUUGUACUGUGCUUUUAGUUAACAUCAUGUGUUUUGUGCUUGGAAAAACGUAGCAUAUCCAACAGGGCCCUGAAAUGCUGCAGCUGUUUUUCAACAUUAUGCAUAAAAUUUAUAUUCACCUUGAGCAAAACCUCACAUCUCUUGUAUAUGCCUCACUUUCUGAUAAACCUCCUCUAAAUGGUUCAUCCAUACUGAUUGUAUUGUACUGGGUGCCACUAACCCCAGUACUGUUAAUAAGGGUCAUUCCUCACUUGCAUCUACCCAUGACACAAACUUGCCCUAGAAAGAUCUUUCUGAUGGGUUCUGUGGUGUGGCUUUAAUUUCACCUCUAGCCCAUAGAUAAAAUAUUUUUAAGUCGUUCUUGGCCCUAUUGGUGGUGUUCACAAUAGCCGCAAAACACUGCUACGUUGAGAUGAAGCCAUAGGGAUAGGGAUAGUCACAGAGAGCUUGUUGGUGUAGUGGUGAAGGUGUUGGCCUAGAAACCAGGAGACUCUGAGUUCUAGCCCUGCCUUAGGCAUAAAAACCAGCUGGAUGACUUUGGAGCAGUCACUCCCUUUCAGCUCAACCUACCUCAGAGAGUUGGUGUUAUGAGGAACAUAGGGAGAAGUAUUAGCUAUGUUCACCACCUAUAAAUAAAAGGCAGGGAAAAAAUAUCUAAUAAAAAAGUAAAUAAAACAGGAUUUUUUUCAAGCUUUGGGCUCACAAUCAAUCUUGUCCUCCACCCAUUCUGUUGUUGUAUCCCUGAAGGAUGGACACAAUAGCCAAUGUCCCUUCAGAUUCACAUAGCCCUGUCAAAGCUGCAUCUUUUAGCAUUGGGUUUCUCCUUGUAUUCUUCUGGCAAUCCAAUUUCACACUGGACUAAUUUAGUGAUGACUUAAUGGCAGACAGACGGCAGUAAUUCAGCCAAAGUGAAAUGGUCUAACAGGAGCAGACCCCCCUUCCUUCCAAUGAAGUUAGGUGGUUUAAAGUUUCUGUACUCCACCAAUAUGCCCAAGGUUGGAAAUUGUAUAUUUCUGGAACCAUUAACCUGGAAGUUUAGGAACCAGACAUUUAGCUUCCAGCAUAACCACUGAUCUGGGCAUAGUCAACAUAAAACAUACCUCUUCCCCACAGUACACCUACAGCGAUAUUCUGAGCAGCUAUCAUUGCAAGCUGCUACACAUACGGUAACAUGAACCUGAUAAGUGUAUUUCUUCUUCUUCUUCUUUUAUUAGGAAGGCAUAUUCUCCUAGAUUUAAAUUCGAGAGAUUUCUACCUGAAAGCCCAGACAGCUAUUGACAGAGCUAUGGUCAGUAUGGACUAGCAACUUAAUUAUCUUUAGAGUCAUCCCUACCACUCUGGCUAUAACCUAGUCCACCACUGGAAUGCAACUUCAGAAAACUAAAAGAUCAUUCGAAUCUAGUCAAGACAGUAUUGUGCCAUCUUCUCUGUGCCUGUGUUCCACUGCAGAGCCUUCAUGGAAGUAUGUGGCAGAAUAAAACAAACUGGUCAAAGAAGAUGCAACACCCAAGCUAAUGGUACGGAGAAGCAGUGAAGCUAAGGUUUGGGAGGGAAAGCAAGCUGAGUUUAUUCCAAUUAUUGAAAUAGAACGCAGACACACAAAAAGAAAAAGACGCCACACUGUAAUGGUAAAAAGAUACAAGUUUAUAGCAUCUUAUAAAAACUACAAUUUAAAAGUGAUCCUGUCCUUGGGUAACACACCCCUGCCCCAAUUCCCUUCCCUGCAAAAUCAGUGAGUUAAAGGGAAGGAAAAUAAAUUAUCUUAGAAAAAGCUAUCGGACCUUCACAUUAAGUCCAGAGGCUAUCUGGUCAGGCUGAAGUGCUAGAUUGUUUUCCUUUCAGGAGGCCUAUGUAAAAGCCAAAUAUGAACUGCAAGAAAAGAUCCUUUACAUUUUCUUCCUAUUUGAACAAACUCCUAAAUUAAGACCAGCAGCAGCACAUCGGAAAGCACCUUAAGGCACCUGAUCCAUGCGACAAGUACGAUUUGUCCUUCUGCUACCAGCACCCAGGAAAAAGAAUGGGAACAGCAACAGCUCCCAAUGGCAUCCAUUGUCAAAAUGGGAUUUCUCACUUCCACGGAGGAAAGGAAGUAAGAUGGAGGACACGGGGAAAUAAAGCUCCUUCAAAAAUGUGCCCCUGGCUGCACUUUGGGGCAACCCAAAUACAGGCAUUCCUCAGGGUACACAAAGAUUCCAGUCCACCUGACUUUCACACAGGUUGGCUUGCAUACACUACCAUGUUGUAUGCACACAAGACAGUAUCUGUCAAUUACAGAGGUCUGGACUUGCAUACCUCCUGUGGGUCGCAUAUAUAAAGCAACAUAUUGAAGUUAGACAAAGAUACAGGAAAUUGUUGCACAUACUUUGUAAAGACUGGCUUCUCUAUCUCCAGGAGAGACAUUAUCAUAGACAGUGUUGGUAAAAUUGUGUGUCUCUAUAUUCCUGCAAAGGAAGCAUACUUCCAUGUUUAUGCAAA